AUCAUGUGUCCCUGGCUGGCUGGCUCUAUUUAUCAGAAGCUAUGGCAUUGGCCUCAUCACCACUUGGAUUAAAAAAUGGCACCUGCAACACAGAGUCUCUCUCUCCUCCUCCUGUUCUCACUCUGCAUCGCCGCAACCGUUAGAUCGAGCGACAGCGACUACGAUUGUGUGUACACGGCCUACGUUAGAACCGGUUCGGUGUUGAAGGGGGGAACGGACUCGAAGAUCGGGCUGAAGCUGUACGACAAGUACGGCUACUACAUCUACAUUAAAAACAUCGAAGCAUGGGGCGGCUUGAUGGGCAAGGGCUACAGCUACUUCGAGCGCGGCAACCUCGACAUCUUCAGCGGAAGGGGACCCUGUCUUAACGGACCCGUCUGCGCCGUUAACGUUACUUCAGACGGCUCGGGUUCGCAUCACGGCUGGUACCUUAACUACGUCCAGGUCACCUCCACUGGGCCCCACCUCUCGUGCGGUCAGGAGCAGUACGAGGUGGAGCAGUGGCUCGCUCUCGACACUUCGCCUUACCUGCUUUGGGCCGUUAGGAACCACUGCCCCUACAGCUUGGAUCAGGCCCGCCCCGUUUCGGAGCGACCCGGAUCCGGAUCCGGAUCCGGAUCCGCCUUCUCUAUUUUGAGUGCACUUGCUUGAGUCGCUGGUGUUUUGUUUUACGUGAUUUCAGUGUAUUUAUUAAUAUUGAGAAACAGAUCCGAAUCCUAGCUUGAGUUGUCCCAGAUCACCUUAGUACUUGAAUAAUAAUCGGUGAUCUGGAUGAAAGUACUACUAUGCAUAAUGACUCAAUGCUAGUCUACUAUUUAUUGCUCAA